CAAGUCCUCUAUAUAAUGACACCAUCCUUUCUCCUCUUUGCUUCAUACCUAUAACGCACCUCCAAACCACAAACAGAAGCUUUUUCUUUCCUGCCAUGGCAGAAACAGAUUCACCACCCCAUGUAGCAAUUUUACCCAGUCCAGGGAUGGGUCAUCUCAUCCCACUCGUUGAGUUAGCCAAGAGACUUGUUCACCAACACAACUUGUCAGUCACCUUCAUUAUUCCGACAGACGGUUCUCCCUCUAAAGCUCAAAGAUCAGUUCUUGGAUCACUCCCUAGCACUAUUCACUCAGUAUUUCUCCCCCCUGUAAAUUUAAGUGACCUCCCUGAAGAUGCCAAGAUUGAAACCUUAAUUAGCCUUACCGUGGCUCGCUCCCUUCCUUCUCUACGUGAUGCUCUUAGUUCUCUAGUCGCCAGUGGUACUAGAGUUGUGGCCUUGGUUGUUGAUCUUUUUGGGACCGAUGCAUUUGAUGUUGCUAGAGAAUUCAAAGCCUCUCCUUACAUUUUCUAUCCUGCUCCAGCCAUGGCUUUGUCUUUAUUCUUUUAUUUGCCAAAGCUUGAUGAGAUGGUUUCUUGCGAGUACAGUGAGAUGCAAGAACCAGUUGAGAUUCCCGGGUGCUUACCGAUUCAUGGGGGGGAGUUGCUCGACCCAACCCGAGAUCGAAAGAACGAUGCAUAUAAAUGGCUUCUUUACCAUUCAAAGAGGUAUAGAUUGGCUGAGGGGGUGAUGGUAAAUAGCUUCAUUGACUUGGAAAGGGGGGCUCUAAAGGCUUUGCAAGAGGUAGAACCCGGUAAGCCACCCGUUUACCCGGUUGGUCCACUCGUCAAUAUGGAUUCCAAUACUAGUGGGGUUGAAGGGUCCGAGUGUUUGAAGUGGCUAGAUGAUCAGCCACUUGGCUCAGUGCUAUUUGUUUCGUUCGGGAGUGGCGGGACCCUCUCGUUUGAUCAGAUAACUGAAUUGGCUCUGGGUUUGGAAAUGAGCGAGCAAAGAUUUUUGUGGGUUGCGAGGGUUCCAAAUGAUAAAGUAGCUAAUGCCACAUAUUUUUCCGUGGAUAAUCAUAAGGACCCUUUUGAUUUCUUACCAAAAGGUUUUUUGGAUAGGACCAAGGGGAGAGGUCUAGUGGUGCCAUCAUGGGCACCACAAGCACAAGUGCUGAGUCACGGGUCAACAGGUGGGUUCUUAACCCACUGUGGUUGGAAUUCCACCCUUGAAAGUGUUGUGAAUGGUGUACCAUUAAUCGUAUGGCCACUCUAUGCUGAGCAGAAAAUGAAUGCAUGGAUGCUAACCAAGGACGUUGAAGUAGCCUUGAGGCCUAAGGCCAGUGAAAAUGGUCUAAUUGGAAGAGAGGAGAUUGCAAAUAUUGUGAGGGGUCUAAUGGAAGGUGAGGAAGGGAAGAGGGUCCGCAACAGAAUGAAGGACCUGAAAGACGCAGCCGCCGAGGUACUCAGCGAAGAUGGAUCUUCUACGAAGGCACUCUCUGAGGUGGCUCGCAAGUGGAAGAACCACAAAUGCACUCAGGAUUGUAAUUAAUUUGAACUACUUGUGACUUUUGAUUCCGUCCCUUCGCUUUAAUCUCUUGUAUUUGAUUUUAGGUUCACUUUCUACGAGUUCUCUGUGGUUAAUAAUGUGCUCUCUGCCACGUGAUUGUAUAAUAUUCAUGCAGUUCUUCUUGGUU